UUAGUAGUGUGGUUAAGGUUAGGUUUAAAAUCACAUUAAGAAGAUACUUUUUAGAAAUGGGCGGGGUUUAUGACUUUGUGGCUGUGCUGACGACAGUGAACGACUGAUAGCUAGCGAGCAUCUACUGAAAAAAAUACACAAUCGUGAACGCUCAACUAAUGUCGGUACCAAAGUAAAACAAGCGAUCAAAUAACGUCAGCUUGCUUCACCUUGAUAAUCGAUGUGCGAGCCACAUCACCUGCCAACCGGUUGAAUCGUUGCAUGCACUGACAGCUGUCAGCGAAAUGGAACAUAUCCGAACGCCAAAGGUAAGAAAGCUAGCUAGCGCCAUUCACGUCGCUGCUUUUUUUUUUUUUUACCACCCAGCAAAACAUUUCAAAUGCAUGUAAUGUAGCUAGCUAGUUAACUAGCUAACUAUAAUAACUUGCUAUGAAAUUACAACAACGUCUGGUGCGUUGACAAUGGUGCCCCAAAAGCUAACGUUAGGCCUGCUAAAUACAGGGCCAAUUAGUUAGCUAACUUGUUAAUAUGCUCAUUCUUGUUUUGGUUCCAAGAGAAGCGGAUUCUGCUGCACGGCUGUAUGAAUGGCCAUUUAGAAUGGGCAAGUUGGCUCUCGCUUUGGGUGGUGAUUUAGAACAUGAUAGAGCGAGAGACUCGGGGAAGCCACUGUGGACAUAGCUAGCUAGAUAAGACACUAUCACAUAAUAUAGGUGGCGACUGCCUUCUUGGUGUAGCCUACUCGGUUAUCUUUUUCUGCCGCUUUGACAACAGACUGUCUGAUGUGCUGUGUGCAAGUGACCUGUUUUUCUCGCUAGCUGCUUGUCCUCCUUGGCACAAACACGAUAUUAGAUUUAGGAGACUAGCUGGAUGUUUCCUGAUAAUGCAUUUAGUGUGACAGAUCAUGGGGACACCACUACGUCAAAGGAGCAAAGUGGAUUAUUUUUUAUUCAUGCUAUAGUCGCAGAUAGAACAAUGAGCUAGUUAUACAAUUAUUCGAUAUAGUGAGUGACAGACGUCAUCACAGCCACUGUUUUCUCAGAAGGCUCAAAGCUUUCAUGUUGGUGGCACUGCAGUCAAAGGGUAUUUCUGGUAUAGCUUAAAAAGCCGGUUUGAAGAGCCACCUCAAAGUCCUUUUGUGUAAUUUUGUUAUCAGUGAAGUGCCGCCUGAAGGAGUGUGUCUGUGUAACUGACACUUGUAGUGUGUGUUUUUGUUUUGUUCAUGUGAAAGAAAGGGUGUUACACAUCUGCAGUAUUUUAGGCUCUGCCCCCAGGACCCUGUUUGAACUCUUAAUUUAAACAUACAGACAGUCAACUCCUGAUAUUUGCAGUGGCCAUGGGUGCACUAAACUGGAUCAUGCCAAUAUCCAAACCGGAUCAGGGAAAUAGGCCUAGGGACUGUGGAACUGCAAUGCAGUUGGCAAACAGGACAGUCAUCAGCUUGACUUAAGGCCCGUCAGCAACCUCUUCCUUCCUCCUCUGUGUGUGUGUGUGUGUCAGUCUACACACACACACACUCUUCAGUACGCUGCCAGGCCUUGACUGAGCUGACUGAUCGCCAUCCUGUGGAGUUGCCUAGCACCACACUGGUUGCUGGGAGACAGAGAGAGACUCUUUCAAAUAGAGAGAAUAGGCUAGCCUAUUUGUUAAUCACAGAUUAGAAAAGUGCAGAUGAAGUCUAUUCAGUCAAGUGUUCUAAAUGUCAUUAAAGUGAUAAAACCUACAGGGUGUGAAGACGAAGGUGAGAGUCAGUGAACCAGGAAUGUGUCAAAACAACAUCCAGUCAGGAAAUGAUCAACUCUGGUUCCACGGACUCGGUCAAUGUUCUACUGACAUUCAUGCUGUGGCAGUCAGUAUGUGGCAGUGUUAGUGAGGACAUGGUAGUAGGGCAAAACCUUUUCACUACAUGUGAUCUGUGUGUUUUUGUGCUUGUUUGAGUGAACAAGGGAAAGAGAGGGGGGGAGAGGGAGAGAGGUAGUCCAAAUAUCUUUACAUAAUGUUGCUAGGAGACAGGUUUGACAGGUGUCACCGUAAUCAUAAUUGUACCUGUGCAGGUGGAGCAGGUGCGUCUGUUGGACCGCUUCAGUAACAAGUCCACCAGCGGGACGCUGCACCUGACCGCCACACAUCUCAUCUUUGUGGAGAGCAAUGCCGCUGCCACCAACACUGCACAGGAGAUCUGGGUAAGGAGUACCUCUAUACAGCACUCUAAAUUCAGAAUGUAGGACUUGCUUCAGCUAAUCCCUGACACCCCAUUAGUGUUCUUUAAUGAGUAGGAAUGAGGGAAGAGAGUAAGCUCUUAUUAGGCCUACUUGACUUGAUAAGCUGAAUCAGGUGUGUUAGUUAGUGCUGGCUGAGCUGGAGUCUGUAACAGAAAUCUGUAAACUGUGUAGCUCCAGGGCCAGGGUUGGAGUCAGAUCUCUGGUUUAUGGAGUUAGUCUACAGUGUGAUUUUAACAAAGACACUGCUGCCAGGCUUCCUACACACUUCCUUCCUUCUCCUACUGCUGAGCACGGGGAAAAGUGUGUCUACAUUUGGUAGCUAGCACUCAGUCAGAGAGUCUGAGUGUGUGUAGACAGGCAAAAUGUGCCUCCAGGGCAUAAUACCGGGAUAUUCGGUAAAUCCGGUACAGAACACAAGGUGCGCUAUUCUACUCCGAAGGUUAGCAAUGCUAACAAGUACAUGUAAAAUCCCAUAGACAAUGCUAACUAAAUGUUAACGACGUCAUUGGGAAUAUUUUAUACAGUCUCUGACCUAAAGCAUUUGCAGGACAGACAUACCGCUCAUAAAGGUAUACAAGUAACUCCAAAAUGCUACUCACAGUUUGCUGCACACACAAAACAAACAUUAGACAGCAAGGCUCUUGAUCCAGAGGGGAUUCUUCUGUUACCAAGCUAACCACUUAAUUAGAUCGCUAACUAGCUACUAAAUUAGCAAACCAAAUGCACAACUGCAGAGCAUUUAGCACAUUUUUUGACAGUUAACUUAAUAGUUACAGUGAGGGGAAAAAAGUACCCUGCUGAUUUUGUAAGUUUGCCCACUGACAAAGAAAUGAUCAGUCUAUAAUUUUAAUGGUAGGUUUAUUUGAACAGUGAGAGACAGAAUAACAACAAAAAAAUCCAGAAAAACGCAUGUAAAAAAUGUUAUAAAUUGAUUUGCAUUUUAAUGAGGGAAAUAAGUAUUUGACCCCUCUGCAAAACAUGACUUAGUACUUGGUGGCAAAACCCUUGUUGGCAAUCACAGAGGUCAGACGUUUCUUGUAGUUGGCCACCAGGUUUGCAUGCAUCUCAGGAGGGAUUUUGUCCCACUCCUCUUUGCAGAUCUUCUCCAAGUCAUUAAGAGAUCAGCAUUUUAAGUGUUUCUUUCUUUCUUUCUUUCUUUCUUUCUUUCUUUCUUUCUUUAUGUUUUGAUGGUCAUGAAAAUGCUUUAAUGAAUUGUUAACCUCAUUCACACACUCCUGGCAGAUAGAAAGAUGUGAUGAGGUAUGAUGAUUGCAAUGAGCGUGUGUGUGUGUGAGUGCACGUUAUCUCCCUGUGUUAAAUGUUUGAUAGAUGGUGAAUUUUUUUUUUUUCUGUACCUCUAGAUUAAGAUCACUUUAUUUGUCAAUUGUACCAAAGGUCCAACCGAAAUUUGAAUUCCGCUUUUAUCCCAACCCCUCCGAAAGACACACAUACAGUUGAAGUCGAAAGUUUACAUACACUUAGGUUGGAUUCAUUAACUCGUUUUUUAACCACUCCACAAAUUUCUUAUUAAAAACUAUAGUUUUGACAAGUCGGUUAGGACAUCUACUUUGUGCAUGACACAAGUAAUUUUUCAAACAAAUGUUUACAGACAGAUUAUUUCACUUAUAAUUCACUGUAUCACAAUUCCAGUGGGUCAGAAGUUUACAUACACUAAAUUGACGGUGCCUUUAAACAGCUUGGAAAAUUCCAGAAAUUGAUGUCAUGGCUUUAGAAGCUUCUGAUAGGCUAAUUGACAUCAUUUGACUCAAUUGGAGGUGUACCUGUGGAUGUAUUUCAAGGCCUACCUUCAAACUCAGUGCCUCUUUGCUUGACAUUUUGGGAAAAUCAAAAGAAAUCAGCCAAGAUCCCAGAAAAAAAAUUGUAGACCUCCACAAGUCUGGUUCAUCCUUGGGAGCAAUUUCCAAACGUUCAUCUGUACAAACAAUAGUACGCAAGUAUAAACACCAUGGGACCACGCAGCCAUCAUACCGCUCAGGAAGGAGACGUGUUCUGUCUCCUAGAGAUUAACGUACCUUGGUGUGAAAAGUGCAAAUAAAUCCCAGAACAACAGCAAAGGACCUUGUGAAGAUGCUGGAGGAAACAGGUACAAAAGUAUCUAUAUCCACAGUAAAACGAGUCCUAUAUCGACAAAACCUGAAAGGCCGCUCAGCAAGGAAGAAGCCAUUUCUGUGACAUUUCACAUUCUUAAAAUAAAGUGGUGAUCCUAACUGACCUAAGACAGGGAAUUUUUACUAGGAUUAAAGGUCAGGAAUUGUGAAACUGAGCUUAAAUAUAUUUGUCUAAGUUGUAUGUAAACUUCCGACUUCAACUGUACAUAAGUUGGAGCAGGGGGCUGCUACACUGGGCACCCGUGAAACAGUUGUUGUGGGAGUUUAAGUGCCUUGCUCAAGGGCACAAAGGCAGGCAAUCGCAUCUAGGAUUUGAUACCAGCGACUCUCCGGUUGCCAGCUCACUUCCCAACAUAUUUUCCCCGUCAGACCCGGGAUUCAAACUGGCAACCUCCCGUUGCUGCCUCUUAUCUCUAACCGCUAAGCUACCUGCUUCCCCUACAGUAUGUCCUGUAGUGUCAUAUUAAGAAAAUAUGUCAUGACUGUUUUGUGUUCCACUCCAGAUCCUACACCACCACAUAGCGUCAGUGGAGAAGCUGUCGUUGACCACCAGCGGUUGUCCUCUGGUCAUCCAGUGUCGUAACUUCAGAGUGGUCCACUUUGUAGUCCAGAGAGAGAGAGACUGUCACGACGUCUACAGCUCACUGCUCAGAUUGCUACGACCAGGUACCUACUGUACCUGUGUGUGUGUCUUUGAGUUAGGGCUGGGACGGUCAUGGAAUUUUGGUGAUGGUUAUUGGUCAGCCAAAUGACCGUGGUCACUGUUAUAAUCGUUAGAAUAGCAUUUUUGUGUAUUUUCUUUAAGACACACAUUUUCUCCUCUCCUCCGCUCCUGACUGCAUGUGCUGCUGCUGCAGGGAGGGGGUGUUGCCCAGGCAACCAAAGACUUGUUUGCUACACCACCUUGCUUGUUUCAGCAAAGAGCAACAGUUUCAUCACAUUGUAAAGAGUCUAUGUUACUGCGGAAUUGGACUCAACUGCAAGAAUGCUCUGCUGUCCCGUCUUCAGUCAGCCGUUCGUUCCACCCCCCAAAAAACAAAAACAAAACAGUUAUGACUGUUCUUUUAUUUUCAUGACAGUCUUCAUUCAUAAUCGUCGGUUAGAUGAUUGAGCCCUACUUUGAGUGUGUGCAGGACGCUUGAGUCGAGUGAAGUUUCAAAAGAAUGUUGACAUUCUCUCCCUCUCUCUUCUCCGUCUCUCUCUCCAUCUCUCCCACCCUAGUAUCCUAUGAGGAGCUCUAUGCGUUCUCCUACAACCCCAAGCAGAACGAGCAGCAGCGAGAGGAGGGCUGGCAGCUCAUCGAUCUGGGGGCGGAGUUUGAGAGGAUGGGCGUACCCUGCGACCGAUGGCAGCUCACUGACGUCAACAGGGACUACAAGGUGGGCAGAGCAUUCCAAUAGGAUUCAGGAUGUAAUGGAAUAAGAUUGGUUCAGUAUUUGGCAACAAUUACCAUGAUGCAAUGUUUCCUGUUGUAGAUAUGUGAGACGUAUCCCAGGGACCUGUAUGUGCCCAUUACAGCCAGUAAGCCCAUCAUCGUUGGCAGCUCCAAGUUCAGGAGCAAAGGACGCUUUCCUGUCCUCACAUACUUCUACCAGGAGAAGAAGGUAACACCUUACCCCACCCUUACCUAUCUUCAUCUUAACGAUUAACACAUACCUUACCCAGCUUCAUCCUAACCAAAACCGAUCCUUUUUUUUUUUGAAUUUUAAUUGUUGGACAUAAAAGACGAUAAAAACACCAGGAAAUCAUCUCCAAGUGAUUUUAAUUUAAGUAAUAUGUUCCCAGGUAUUCCCACACAUAAUAUAGAGAUAAAUGAUCGUAAACAUACUUAAGGUUUGAAAUGAUUAUGCGCUAGUCAAAUAUUAUAUCUGUUUGGGCUUCUUGCAGUCAAUUUGCAGUCUACAAAUUAUUUGUAAUUAUGUUCCGGCCACCCGACCAUCCGCUCAAGAGAAAAUCUGUCUGCAGCUGAAUCUAGUUGAUGAUCCCUGCCCUAACAUUUUACCACUGAUCCCAACAACAGUCAUAAUCUAAACCUAACCUGUACCUUUACCUCUACCAUUUCACCCCAAUGCAAUAUUCCUAACCUAACAAGUCUCUGUAAAUCGUCAGGUUAGGUAUAUGUGGCCUAAUCCGUGUGCUCUGUGCUCGUCCCUGUCCCCUGCAGGCAGCAGUAUGUCGGUGCAGCCAGCCUCUCUCUGGGUUCAGUGCACGAUGCCUGGAGGACGAGAGCAUGUUGCAGGCCAUCAGCAAAGCCAAUCACAACAGCCGAUUUGUCUAUGUCAUGGAUACCAGGCCCAAGGUACCCAAUCACAACACAGUGAGCUAGCUCUUCCCACAGAAUGUGGACAUUCUCAGUCCCUUCCUUCUCUUUCUUUUUCUAUCUGUUUAUCUCCCUCCCUCUCUCCAGUUGAAUGCCAUGGCUAACAGAGCAGCAGGUAAAGGCUAUGAGAAUGAAGAUAACUACUCCAACAUCCGCUUCCAGUUUGUGGGCAUUGAGAACAUCCACGUGAUGAGGACCAGCCUACAGAAACUACUGGAAGGUCAGACGGGCACACUCACUCACUCACACAUGUACAUCACACAUGUACAUCACACAUGCACUAUUUACUUCUCUCCCUCCAUCUCUCUCAGUGGUGGGAAGUCGUUUUCUGUCAGUGAAUGACUACCUGCUGGGCUUGGAGAGCUGUGGUUGGCUACGGCACGUCAAAGCUGUGGUAGAUGCAGCCAUCUUCCUCACCAAGGUAAGGCCAUGUCCCUUCUCCAAUCCCUUUCUGCUUUCUACUUCAGUAUAGUCACAAUGUGAUUGCAGACAGUUAGGGGUAUGAACGUUUUAAACGUUAAAACAAAAUUGGGAUCCUUAACGUUUCAAGAAAAAUCCCAAACCGAAAAACAAUGUAGCAGUGCAGUUAUCACAACAUUAUUUUCCAUGUUAUAGCCUAACUAGACGAUAGGCUAUAAAGGUCUGGGGAAAGUUGUGUCAUUUAAAUAAAACCAGAGAGGAAGAGGCGAACUUGAGCCUACCCCCUCCUCUCUCCCUCACGCUGGCUCGCCUGGGGCGUAUUCAUUCCGCGGAUUCUGUUGCAAAAUGUUUCUUAAACGGACAAAACGGGGAGAGACCUACCUGCAUUUGUCCAUAGAAUCUCUCGUUUUAGUUGCAAAACACUUCGCUUCAUUUGACCUAAUGAUCAUAACACCGAGUGUGUCUUCGGUCUGUUGCGUGCAGAAUAUCCUAGCCUAUUCAUUGAUAAUAGGCCCUGCUUUACUGAAGUUGCGAGACAUUGCAAGGAAAGAAAUUGUGAGAUACAGCAUUCCAUUGCGAGAUACAGCUUUUGAUUGUCGAUAGAUACAGUGGGGAAGAAAAGUAUUUAGUCAGCCACCUAUUGUGCAAGUUCUCCCACUUAAAAAGAUGAGAGAGGCCUGUAAUUUUCAUCAUAGGUACACGUCAACUAUGACAGACAAAUUGAGAAUAUUCUUUCCAGAAAAUGACAUUGUAGGAUUUUUAAUGAAUUUAUUUGCAAAUUAUGGUGGAAAAUAAGUAUUUGGUCACCUACAAACAAGCAAGAUUUCUGGCUCUCACAGACCUGUAACUUCUUCUUUAAGAGGCUCCUCUGUCCUCCACUCGUUACCUGUAUUAAUGGCACCUGUUUGAACUUGUUAUCAGUAUAAAAGACACCUGUCCACAACCUCAAACAGUCACACUAUAAACUCCACUAUGGCCAAGACCAAAGAGCUGUCAAAGGACACCAGAAACAAAAUUGUAGACCUGCACCAGGCUGGGAAGACUGAAUCUGCAAUAGGUAAGCAGCUUGGUUUGAAGAAAUCAACUGUGGGAGCAAUUAUUAGGAAAUGGAAGACAUACAAGACCACUGAUAAUCUCCCUCGAUCUGGGGCUCCACGCAAGAUCUCACCCCGUGGGGUCAAAAUGAUCACAAGAACGGUGAGCAAAAAUCCCAGAACCACAUGGGGGGACCUAGUGAAUGACCUGCAGAGAGCUGGGACCAAAGUAACAAAGCCUACCAUCAGUAACACACUACGCCGUCAGGGACUCAAAUCCUGCAGUGCCAGACGUGUCCCCCUGCUUAAGCCAGUACAUGUCCAGGCCCGUCUGAAGUUUGCUAGAGUGCAUUUGGAUGAUCCAGAAGAGGAUUGGGAGAAUGUCAUAUGGUCAGAUGAAACCAAAAUAUAACUUUUUGGUAAAAACUCAACUCGUCGUGUUUGGAGGACAAAGAAUGCUGAGUUGCAUCCAAAGAACACCAUACCUACUGUGAAGCAUGGGGGUGGAAACAUCAUGCUUUGGGGCUGUUUUUCUGCAAAGGGACCAGGACGACUGAUCCGUGUAAAGGAAAGAAUGAAUGGGGCCAUGUAUCGUGAGAUUUUGAGUGAAAACCUCCUUCCAUCAGCAAGGGCAUUGAAGAUGAAACGUGGCUGGGUCUUUCAGCAUGACAAUGAUCCCAAACACACAGCCCGGGCAACGAAGGAGUGGCUUCGUAAGAAGCAUUUCAAGGUCCUGGAGUGGCCUAGCCAGUCUCCAGAUCUCAACCCCAUAGAACAUCUUUGGAGGGAGUUGAAAGUCUGUGUUGCCCAGCGACAGCCCCAAAACAUCACUGCUCUAGAGGAUAUAUGCAUGGAGGAAUGGGCCAAAAUACCAGCAACAGUGCGUGAAAACCUUGUGAAGACUUACAGAAAACGUUUGACCUGUGUCAUUGCCAACAAAGGGUAUAUAACAAAGUAUUGAGAAACUUUUGUUAUUGACCAAAUACUUAUUUUCCACCAUAAUUUGCAAAUAAAUUCAUUAAAAAUCCUACAAUGUGAUUUUCUGGAUUUCUUUUCCUCAUUUUGUCUGUCAUAGUUGACGUGUACCUAUGAUGAAAAUUACAGGCCUCUCUCAUCUUUUUAAUGUGGGAGAACUUGCACAAUUGGUGGCUGACUAAAUACUUUUUUUCCCCACUGUAGGCCUAGUGUACGGUUCUGACUGUCUGCCUGGUGGCAGACCUGCCUAUACUGAUAGAUGGGUCUAGUGCACAGUUCUGACUGUCUGCUUGGUGGCAGACCUGCCUAUACUGAUAGAUGGGUCUAGUGCAUGGUUCUGACUGUCUGCCUGGUGGCAGACCUGCCUAUACUGAUAGAUGGGUCUAGUGCAUGGUUCUGACUGUCUGCUUGGUGGCAGACCUGCCUAUACUGUGCCCCUCCCCUCUCUCUCCGUCCCUCGCUAGCUCGCUAUGAAAAAGUGUUUGUGUUCUCGGAAGUACGGCAACUAAUCAGUCUCCUCCGUUCCAAGCGGAGUUGAUUCCAAGCGGAAUCUAAUCUUGACAUUCAUAAAUGGGAGUCGACGCCGGGAGUCGACGUGCAAGGAGUCGAGGAAUCAAUUAUUUUGGAGUCGACUCUCCACCACUACGUCACUGUCGGUAACAGUUGGAAAAAUGUCAGAGAAAGGCAAGUGACAGCAGUGAAUGGUCCUGUAUGGCAAUACUUUAAGAAGUUAAAUGAGAAGGAAAUGCACAUUUUGCAAGGUGGAAUUGAGGUACAGAAAUGUUAGUACCAUUUGCUUAACCAUCUGAAAGGGACGCACCUUGACACCCAAACCGUUGCUGGCAGCCGUGCAGCUGGAAUUUUAUGAAAUUCUUAGUGUUUUAAUGGUAAAAAAUAUUUUGCAGUUUAAAUGGUGAAUUUUUUUCCCCAUUUGUCACAUCCCUACAGACAGUCAUGUCUAAAGCAGACUUCACCCAACAACUGUUAGGGCGGCAGGUAGCCUAGCACUUAGAGCAUUGGGGCAGUAACUGAAAGGUCGCUGGUUUGACUACCCGAGCCGAAAAAUCUGUCUGUGCCCUUGAGCAAGGCACUUAAAUCCUAAUUUGCUUCAGGGGUGACAUACUUCCAUGGUUGACCCUGUAAAACAACACAUUUCACUGCACCUUUCCGGUGUGUGUGACAAUAAAAACAUUAUUUACAAGUUAUAAUAAUAGCAAUGGCAGCGAUUUAACUUCAGUCCCCCUCCUCCAUAGGCAGUGACAGUAGAAGGAGCCAGUGUGCUGGUCCACUGUUCAGACGGCUGGGAUCGGACAGCCCAAGUCUGCUCUCUGGGAGCCCUGCUCAUGGACCCCUACUACCGCACCAUCAAAGGCUUCAUGGUAAGGCUGUGUGUGUGUACUACCGCACCAUCAAAAGGCUUCAUGGUAGGACACAACACAACUUCCCUAUGCCUGUAGACAUACGUAGAGGAAAGGAAACUCUGCUCUCUCUGUGUUUCAGGUCCUCAUAGAGAAAGACUGGAUCUCAUUUGGACACAAGUUUGCAGACAGGUGUGACCAGUUGGAUGGAGACCCCAAGGAGGUGUCCCCCGUCUUCACACAGUUCCUGGAGUGUGUGUGGCAGCUCACCGAGCAGUUUCCCCAGGUGUGUCUGCGCGCAUCUGCGUGUUUCCACUAUACUCACCACAUAGCAGCCAUUACAGUGGAAGACUGAGGAUUGAUUGUGAGGAUGAUGACAGUGAUGAUACCUACUCUUCCUUAGGCAUUUGAGUUCAGUGAGUGGCUGCUGCUGCAGAUCCAUGAACAUGUUCACUCCUGUCAGUACGGAAACUUCCUGGCUAACAACCAGAGACUGAGAGAAGAGCUGCAGUGAGUAAAACACAAACAUGCACGCUUUCCAUCUCUCUCCCUCUCACUCACUCGAUCUUCUCUCUCUCUCCUGCCAGACUUAGAGACAGAACUCACUCUCUGUGGGCGUUUCUGUUGAGUGAGCAGCAGAACUACCUAAACCCCGCCUACUGCCCCGCUUAUGCAGAGACACACCCCGUCCUCGAACCCUCCACCCUGCCCUGCCACUUCAAGUAAGAACUAGUCCUUUACCUCAUCUCUCUCUCUCUCUCUCCUCUCCACCCCUCAUCCACUCUACUCUAAGAUUUACUCAUAUCUUUUCUCUAUCCUUUCCUCAUCUUCCUAAUCUCUAUUUCACGCCACACUGCCCUUUCCCACCUGGACAAAAGGAACACUUAGGUGAGAGUGCUGUUCAUUGACUACAGCUCUGCGUUCAACACCAUAGUGACCUCCAAGCUCAUCACUAAGCUAAGGACCCUGGUAUUAAACACCUCCCUCUGCAACAACACAUCCGCCACGCUGACCCUCAACACAGGGGCCCCUCUGGGAUACGUGCUUAGUCCCCUCCUGUUCACCCAUGACUGCGUGGCCGCGCACGACUCCAACACCAUCAUUAAGUCUGCAGACGGUGGUAGGCCUGAUCACCGACGACGAUGAGACAGCCUAUAGGGAGGAGGUCAGAGACCUGGCAGUGUGGUGCCAGGACAACAACCUCUCCCUCAACGUGAGUAAGACAAAGGAGCUGAUCGUGGACUACAGGAAAUGGAGGGCCGAGCACUCCCCCAUCCACAUCGACAGGGCUGUUGUGGAGCAGGUCUAGAGCUUCAAGUUCCUUGGUGUCCACAUCACAAAGGAACUAUCAUGGUCCACACAUCAACACAGUCUUGAAGAGGGCACGACAACGCCUCUUCCCCCUCAGGAGGCUGAAAAGAUUUGGCAUGGGCCUUCAGAUCCUCAAAAGGUUCUACAGCUGCACCAUCAAGAGCAUCCUGACUGGCUGUAUCACCGCUUGGUAUGGCAACUGCUCGGCCUCCGACCGCAAGGAACUACAGAGGGUAGUGCGUACGGCCCAGUACAUCACUGGGGCCAAGCUCCCUGCCAUCCAGGACCUCUAUACCAGGCGGUGUCAGAGGAAGACCCUAAAAAUUGUCAAAGACUUCAGCCACCCAAGUCAUGGACUGUUCUCUCUGCUACCGCACGGCAAGAGGUACCAAUGCACCAAGUCUGGAACUAACAGGACCCUGAACAGCUUCUUCCCCCAAGCAAUAAGACCGCUAAAUAGUUAACCAAUAGCUAUCUGGAAUAUCUGUAUCAACCCUUUUUGCACUAUUUUCUUUUGACUCAUCACAUACGCUGCUGUUACUGUUUUAUUAUCUAUCCUGUUGCCUAGUCCCUUUAUCUCUACCUAUAUGUACAUAUCUACCUCAAUUACCUCAUACCACUGCACAUCGUCUCGGUACUGGUACCCCGUGUAUAUAGCCAAGUUAUCGUUACUCAUUGUGUAUUUCUUUAUUGUGUUAUUAUUUUUCUAUAUUUACAAAAAAUAAACGUUAAAAAUAAAUAAAUUCUCUGCAUUGUUUGGAAGGUUCCGUAAUUAAGCAUUUCACUGUUAGUUUACACCUGUUGUUUACGAAACGUGACAAAUACAAUUUUAUUUUGAUCUCUCUCUCUCUCCUCAUCCUCUCCGUCCCUCUAUCUCUCAUCAACCCUACCCUGUUAUUCCUUCUUUUCCCUAAUUCUCUGUGUGUGUCAGGUUUUGGAGGAAUAUGUACCACCAGUUUGAUCGGUCCAUGCACCCCCGUCAGUCUGUCCUGAAGAAUGUUCUCACCUUGAAGGAGAGCAACUGCCAACUGGAAGACACAAUAAAAGAACUGGAGGCUGUGAGUACUUCUCUCUUGCUGGGGACUGGGUUGAUGGGUUGUGUUGAGGGCUACUAUCCUUUUUCUGUCCUUUAAUUUUGUUUCUUGCUUAUUUUCUUUUAUUUAUUAUCUUUUUCCAUGGUGCAGGGUUAACGCAUUGUUUAUUUAUUGGGGGGGGAGUAGGUGAAGUUGGUUUGGGGGUUGGGCAUCAUGGUGGUCUCAGCCAAGCGGAGAAGAAGCGGGGAGGGAGGGAGGGAGGUAUAGAUGGGCAAAAUGAGCAGAGGCAGGUUGCUAUAGCAACGGAGACUCUGAUGGUGGAGGAGGUGAGUAGUGGGUCUGUGGGGAACGGCAAGCAUGCUGGUGGGGCUGAGGAAGCUGCCACACAGAAGAAGAAAAGAGGGGGGCUGGGCAUGGUGGGCUCAACUGUCAUUGGGGAGGACGGGAGGUGCAGGGUGGGCAGACGGGGGAGGACAUUACCGUGCCAAUGGAGGAGGAAGAGGGGGGUGAGUCAGAGGGAAAGGAGGACGAGGAGGCCUUGUUUUCAGACUGCUUAAUGGAUCCAGAGCUGUCAGGCGGAGGGCCCUAUACAUACGGUCUAGCUUCCUGAGGGAGACUAAAGGGGAAAAGAAGGUUCCGCUGGAGUGUUGUUUUCCUGCUUCUGAAAGGUUUGUAAGGUCAGUACAACACGUGAUGAAGAAUGAGGGGUUUAGUGUCCUCACCCAGGAAGCAGUAUAGGCUAAGAAAUUGGGUCACAUCGGUGUGUAAGGGCAUGUCUACAGACUCUGUGUAAAUGGAUAGGUAUUUUCUGGCACGGCGGCUUUAUGGGCUUCUCUACUGGUUUCUGAUUGUGGUGUUUUCCCCCCCACCUGGAUAUUUUACAGUAAGGCUCCCUUAACAUGAACACGGCAGAGACUGGGGGGAGAGGAGCAUGUAAAACAAAACAAAACAUUUUUUUUACAAGAGACACGCAGUGAUGUGAAGAUUGAAGUGGAUUGGGGGUCUGGUGGAAGGGGGCGCAGGUGCUGAUCUAUACAUUCAAGAAUCUGGGCAAUAGGCUAGUGAGGGCCUCCAUUCUCCCAGUUGGGUUUUCAGACCACCAUAUCAAAUGAAAUCAAAUGUUAUUUGUCACAUGUGCCGAAUACAACAGGUGUAGACCUUACCGUGAAAUGCUUACUUAGAAGUCCUUAACCAACAAUGCAGAUCAAGAAAUAGAGUUAAUGUAAAUAGUCCGGAUGGCUAUUUGAUUCAUUGCUCAGCAGUCUUAUGGCUUGGGGGAAGAAGCUGUUAAGGAGCCUUUUGGUCCUAGACUUGGCGCUCCGGUACCGCUUGCCGUGCAGUAGCAGAGAGAACAGUCUAUGACUUGGGUGACUAGAGUGUUAUUGAGCCAUAUUGCCAUGGCUCAGUUCUCUGUUUCACCAGGGCCCUGCCAGGUGUCCUAUUGGAAAUUAAAUGUAAAGCUCUUACAAGAUGCCACUUUUUGCUCAAGCUUCCAAGGCUUUUGGGAGAGGUGGGGACAGCAGAAAUGGGAGUUUGAGUCUCUCAGUCAGUGGUAGGAUGUAGGAAAAGCCCAGAUUGGGGUUUUCAGUCAGCAGUAUACAGCUUUUUCCUCUUCAGAGUCCAGGAGAGUACUUGGGGAGGUUGGUGCGGCAGGGUAGGGUGGGGGCUGCAAGAUAAUCUAUCUCAACUACACUGGGACAUGGGGCUCCUUAUCUGAUCAAAGCGAAAGGAGCACUGGUAAGAGCCUGAUUUUCCAUGUUGAGAGAGAUGGAUGCUCACAGCUCUUUCUUCUUUGGGUUGGAAAAACAGAGUGGGGAAACCAAGAAAAUCCAUUGUUUACGUUGUCUGAUGGGCAAUGAGGGAGAUGUUCUCAAACCCCCCCCCCCCCCCCCCCCCCCCAGCGCAAGCUCAUGGACGCAAGAUUUGGAGAGCAGGCUGACUCAAAGCAGCACAGAGGCUACUAUAGCACACUGAUGUUAGCUGGUGGGAACCAGCAUGUGCUCUGUUGAGGAGGGCUGGAGGGUACCAGCAUGUGCUCUGUUGAGGAGGGCUGGAGGGAACCAGCAUGUGUUCUGUUGAGGAGGGCUGGAGGGAACCAGCAUGUGUUCUGUUGAGGAGGGCUGGAGGGAAGCAGCAUGUGCUCUGUUGAGGAGGGCUGGAGGGAAGCAGCAUGUGCUCUGUUGAGGAGGGCUGGAGGGUAACCAGCAUGUGCUCUGUUGAGGAGGGCUGGAGGGAACCAGCAUGUGUUCUGUUGAGGAGGGCUGGAGGGAACCAGCAUGUGUUCUGUUGAGGAGGGCUGGAGGGAAGCAGCAUGUGCUCUGUUGAGGAGGGCUGGAGGUUAAAACCCCUCUAGAGUUGGCACAACAGGCUGGACUAACGUCUCUUAAGUUGCUGGAGAGAGUCAUGGGGAGGUCCAGGAGGCUCUGCCUGAGCCAGUGAGGAGGGGGCUGGAGCAGCCUCUGGAGGAGGGGCCACCACUGUUUCCACCACUGCAAGUGACAGCAGAGACUGGGGACUGGCAGGAGGGUCCAGAGAAUGUACUGACAUUUAGCACUCUGAGCCUGUGGGAGUUUGCGGAGGUGGGGGGUAAGGUACUGUACACCCUCAGUGCCAAGGUUGGGCCCAUCAGGAGCUUACUCGGAGUGAAGGGGCAUCAGUGGCAGGGAGUUGUGGGGUCCGAGAGCAUGGUAGGGUAUAGGUUUGAGGGUGCUCUAUAAACUCCCAGUGCCAAAAAGGUCAGAGGACCUCCAGUGGAGGGUAUUACAUGGAGCCCUUGCCACCAAUAGCUAUAGGGUUGACCCGGAGUUGGGGAGGGGUAUCCGUUUUGUGCAGUGACUGAGACUGUUCAUCAUGUUUUUUCUGUGUGUGCCAGGAUAAUGCUGUUACUGUCUUUUGUGAUGGGGCUGAGCUAUUCAAGUAGUGAAAAGGUAAAAUGUGUUUUGCUGAACUGUUUGUUUGGCCAGGCCAAGUUGGCCAUAUGGCUAACUAGGACGAACCGGGCCUUAGGUUUGAAUUUAAUAAAAUGAUUAACUGUGGCAACGUUUCAGGAGGUAUGGUGGCUCAGGGGGCUGUCUGUAUGGCUGGAGAGGAGGGGUUAGCGGUACGGUUGUAAUGGGGUGGAUUGUAUUGAAACAACACAUGACAUCAGUCAGCACAACAGGAUUCCUAAAUCAACAGGUGAUUGUGUGGAGGUAGUGGUGGUACGCAAUGUGUGUUUAUGGGUGGGGUUCUCUCUCCCUCUUUCUCUCGUUACUAAAUCUAACCAUAUGUGUCCUCCUCUGUGUUCCUCCAGAGGCUACAGAAGCAUGGCAUCAGCCCCCCCACCCCGGACCCCCAGGCCCCCCCUAGAGACCAACGCACCCUCCCCACACGCCCCCACUCCCUCAUCCUGGGAGCCCCCCUCAGCCGGAAGGAGGUGCAGCGACAGCAGGAGGAGGAGGAGGUGGGAGAGGAGGUGACAGAGUGCUGCAGUGACACAGAGCGGACAGUAGAGGGCAGCAGCGGUACAGAGCGCAAGGAGAGCUACGGCGACCUGCAGGGGACAUACGGGGCCAAGGCCGAGCCAGCUGUGGUCAGCCUGGAGUUUGGAGUGGCCCGCAUGACCUGCUGA